UGGGCAGGGCCAGCCGCCGCCGCCAUUUUGUCUCUGUCAGGCGCGGCGCGGGCGGUCGGGGCGAGGCGGCCGAGCUGGUGUCUGGAGAGGAGGAUUCGGCCCGCAGCUCACCAUGAUAUCGGCCGCCCAGCUCCUCGAUGAGCUCAUGGGCCGGGACAGGAACCUGGCCCCGGAUGAAAAGCGCAGCAACGUGCGGUGGGACCACGAGAGCGUUUGCAAAUACUACCUUUGUGGCUUUUGCCCAGCUGAGUUAUUUACAAAUACCCGUUCUGAUUUAGGUCCUUGUGAAAAAAUUCACGAUGAAAAUCUGCGCAAACAGUAUGAGAAGAGCUCUCGAUUUAUGAAGGUGGGCUAUGAGAGAGACUUCCUGCGCUAUUUGCAGAGCCUGCUUGCAGAGGUGGAGCGCAGGAUCCGGAGGGGCCAUGCUCGUUUGGCACUGUCACAGAACCAGCAGUCUUCCGGGGGAGCAGGCCCUACCGGUAAAAACGAGGAGAAGAUUCAGGUGUUAACUGACAAAAUUGAUGUACUGCUUCAACAGAUUGAAGAACUGGGUUCAGAAGGAAAGGUGGAAGAAGCACAAGGAAUGAUGAAACUCGUUGAACAGUUAAAGGAAGAGAGAGAACUGCUGAGGUCUACAACUUCAACAAUUGAGAGCUUUGCAGCCCAGGAAAAACAAAUGGAAGUUUGUGAAGUUUGUGGAGCCUUUUUAAUUGUAGGAGAUGCACAGUCCAGGGUAGAUGACCACUUGAUGGGAAAACAGCACAUGGGUUAUGCCAAAAUAAAAGCUACUGUAGAAGAUUUAAAAGAAAAGUUACGAAAAAGAACAGAAGAGCCUGACCGUGAUGAAAGGUUGAAAAAAGAGAAGCUAGAACGGGAAGAGAGAGAGAAAGAGAGGGAGAGGGAAAGAGAAGAGCGGGAAAGGAAGAGACGACGUGAGGAGGAAGAAAAGGAAAAGGAGAGGGCUCGUGACAGGGAGAGGCGCAAACGGAGCCGCUCACGGAGCCGCCAUUCCAGCAGGACCUCUGACAGGAGGUGCAGCCGCUCACGAGACCACAAAAGGUCAAGAAGCAGAGAAAGAAGGCGAAGCAGGAGUCGUGACCGGAGGAGAAGCAGAAGCCAUGAUAGAUCAGAAAGGAAACACAGGUCUCGGAGUAGGGACAGGAGACGGUCAAAAAGCCGGGAUCGGAAAUCCUACAAGCACAGAAGCAAAAGCAGAGAGAGAGAACAAGACAGGAAGUCAAAAGAAAAAGAAAAGAGGGGAUCUGAUGAUAAAAAAAGUAGUGUGAAGUCCAGUAGUCGAGAAAAACAGAGUGAAGACACAAAUACAGACUCGAAGGAGAGUGAGACUAAGAAUGAGGUCAAUGGGACCAAUGAAGACAUAAAAUCUGAAGGUGACACUCAGUCCAAUUAAAACUGAUCUGAUAAGACCUCAGAUCAGACAGAGGUAAGUGCAUUAUUUCAAACUUUGAUUAGGGCUUUUUGUUACUGUUUAACAGUGCAGCGUAAGUAUGCACAGAUGAAGAUGGAACUAAGUCAAGUAAGAAGACAAACUUCUGAAGGAAAUGACAGUGUAGUCCUGCAAAACAUUUUGAGGUACAUUGUUUUGUCUCAGCUAUUUUGUAGCAGACUCGUGCCCCCAUUAGUGUGCCUCUUUGGGACAUAUUUGUAAUAUAGUCACCAUAGAAAAAUUAAUUAUCUUUUUUUAUUUUUAGGGAUUUUGUUAUCUUUUUUUAAAAAAGAUUGAACUGGUUUUGUAUUUAAGUCCAUAUUGUGUUGAUACAUCAGCAGAAACUUUUGCUUAAAUACUUAAUAUUUGAGGCACAUGUUGGACUACUUUGUUUUCAUAUAAACUGCUAGUAUUUCUUUGUCAAGGAUGUUUCUAGUUUUUUUGCUUUAUUGCCUUGCAUUCUAAUGCAGUUUGUUCUGUAACUCGAGAGCCAGUAGCAUUGGAUUGAUGGAAGUGUAGGGUUUAUGAAUUAUUGCAGCUGACUACCAUACCUCACACAGCGUUGGUGUUGUGAGCGGCCCAUGAAAAGCCAAAUUAAAAAUCAAGGAUUCAGUCAAACUAAGCAGGUACUCAUGCCAGGUACUCCUUUCUCUACCCACAUCCAUGUUUGAAUGCUGUUGCCUGUAAUCUUUAAGCUUACUGUUGUGUUUUUGAUUUUGAAGCUAGUGAAAAGGACUUUUUGUGUAUUGUGUGAAUACUGUAAAUCUGAUGUUAACAGAAUGGAAUUUUCUUUCAACUGUGUGUAGGGAUGCAGUGCUGCCCAGAAUUAGAUAUCUUUAAAGAGUUUAAAAUGCAAUAAACACUACAUAAUAUUCGCCUUGUUACUUUCAAUGCAAUUCAAGUCUUUAAGAGGUAUGUGCUUAAUAUUUCCUACUGUGUAGGAGACUUUGCAGUCAGCCAUAGCACAGAGCAGUGGAAUGCCUGGUAACAGGCUUGUAAGGCAGAUGUAAAUGUGGAUACAGAUGCCACCAAAUGAUGACAGUGUUGAUGGCAGGAAUGUAUGCUGGAAACUGUUUGUGGGAAAUGAAGCAGCUAAGCAAUAGGCAAUUACAAUAUGUAUUGAAAGGACAACUUGAAGUUUUUUCCCCACUCUUGACAUAGCUUUCUUACAGAAGGUCUUUAGUUGUAUUCCUGAAAUAAGAAACUAACAGUGGAGAUGACAGCUGAUAAAUGAGCUUCUUGCAACAUAAUUUGUUACUGUAGUUGCAUUAUGUAUGCUCAGAAGUCUUAAAACAUUUAAUGUUGAUAUUAAACCAUUAAUGCUACAUCAUUGCUUCUAAAGCCAGUCAUGUUCAAUGGUGAUGUUUUUGUAGAGUUAAGAUGACAGCUAACAACUGGGCGAGUGUAUAGGAAUGGUAAACAAAAUGCUCCUAAUGCUGUCUAAUCGUCUGUUCUCCCAAAAUUUUGCAUUAUAGGACUACUACAUGAAGAGUCUGUGAAGACAGUGGAAGACAGCUUAAACUGAAGAUCUGCUUUAAAAUGAGGUGAAAGAAAGCUGUAGUGGCGUAGAAAAAUAUAAAGUUGAGUUAGAAAUUUUUUUUUUAUAAAAUUUAAUUCAGGACUGGUGUUUCCUCCCAGAGUUCAGAAAGAUGUGUUGAUAAUAGCACAUAUGCUACUGAGAAUAUAAGUCCUGUAUCCCUUUUUUUCUUUAAGGCUUUUUAAGAUAAGAAACCAACAUAACCUGAACACAUGGCUUGCUCAGUGUUUAAUUGCAAGUUUUCAUUCUUGGACUUUAAAACACAAGAAUAAAUGUUUAGUAUUUGUGUGAAUCGAACUAAAAUGAAUCCCAUUUUUACAACUAAGCAAUUCCUAGCUUCUUGAUAUACGAGAAAUGGAAAUAAAGUAUCUUUGAAUUUCUGUUACAAAUUUGAUUGUCUCUGUCAUUGAACAUUUAAUAUUAAAUAAGCUUCUUUCCUAAUAAAUUA